UCUGUCCUCCAUCAGUGAGUGUGUCUGUCUGCCGCUGGCUUCACGCGCCGCUGAGCGCCUGAUUAUUUUUACGCCGUCGAGUCUGGCGGUGAAAUCCAGGUCAUCUCCUCCGGAUCACAGCCAGCGCGGCUCAGGCUUCAGCUCUCCGCGGACUCACACUGCCAUUUCCUCAUUCCACUCUGCAGAGCUUGACUUUGACAUCAGCUCUUCUGGAGGACAUGUGAGCUUGCGGUCUGAAGGAUGAGGUGGGGUGCAUUGAUUAGCAUGCUGCUCUGCUGAGAAGAGUUUAUCCACGCAGGACGAGCGGCAGCAGCUACACGUUCCCUUCCUGAAUCGGCUCUCAGACACCUGCUCUUAAUCAAGUACCUGUCUGGAUCUUUCGCUCGCUCGCUCACACUCAGCUAUGGCUGGCUGGCUCUGGCUGGGAGGGUAAUCGGUGCGCUGGUUGCCCUGGCAACCUCACCCUGAUUCCUGCUGAAUAGAGCCCUAGUCUGUCACUGAAGACUUUUUAGCCCCCCCUCCACCUUUCUCCUGAGUUUAUUUUGCCCUUUCGUGGAGGUAGAGGGCAGCGGCAGGAGCCAUGGACUUGUGAGGUGAGAAUGGCAGCACGGCGGCUGUUUGGCCCCCAGGAGCCCUCAGGAGAUCGGAGCCAAUAACGUGGGUCCACACACACGUAUACGGGCUGAGCGGCAGGAGCAGUAUGCAGGAGGCUGACCUACCAGCCACCAAUGCUUUCACAGAGUGCAGAUUCCAGUGCACUAACGGCAGAUGUCUGAACCUGGGCUCGCAGGUCUGUGAUCAGCUCAACCACUGUGGAGACAACAGUGAUGAGGAGCACUGCCCCAUCUCCACCCAGCAUCCUGCAUCUGCCAUCUUCAGCUCUGAACUGGAGUUUGUGCAGAUCGUGAUCAUAAUCGUCGUGAUGACUGUGAUGGUCGUGGUGGUCGUGUGUCUGCUCAACCACUACAAACUCGCCACAUGGUCGUUCCUGAGCCGGGCGAGUCAGGCACAGAGUCAGGAUCUCUCUCUGCAGCCGGAGGGUACUCUGUGGCCAUCAGAUAGUGGGCUGAGACAAGGAGCAUCUGAGGUGGUGUAUGCUCCUCAGCCAAGGGACCACUUCACUGCUCCCACUUUCAUGCAGCACAACCGCUUCAGACGUUUCCAGCCUACCUACCCAUACCUGCAGCAAGAGAUCGAUCUGCCACCCACCAUCUCUCUAUCAGACGGAGAGGAGCCACCGCCGUACCAGGGCCCCUGCACACUGCAGCUGAGAGACCCCGAACAGCAGCUGGAACUCAACCGAGAGUCGGUACGCGCUCCGCCUAACCGGACCAUCUUCGACAGCGACCUCAUUGACAUGCACAGUUCCGGUGGUGGCGGUGGGCCGCGGCCUCCCAGUAGCAACUCUGGGAUCAGUGCGGCCAGCUCCAGUACCCAUGGACGCAUGGAGGGCCCUCCGCCUGCUUACAGUCAAGUAAUUGGGCAGCAGUCGGGCAUCGUACUUUAUCUCCACCAGCACAGCAAUAACCCACCCAUCCCCAUCACUGUGCAGACUCCGCCCAGGGGGCGGACAGAUUUAAACAGCCCAGAGAGCACAAUAGCGCUAAGUAAAGACCGACAGAGGGAGAAGCUAGUUUGAGGGGGCAGGGCUAGCACACGAUUGGGCAAUCGCAAUCACUCUCCACUCACAAAGGGAACGGGUUCUCCCUCUUGACUCUCCCCUGCACAACAGCGCUUAAUGCGUCUUUGCGACGAAAGGGAAACCAUGUGUUGUUUUUUUUUGUUGUUGUUUUUUUUUUAAGUAACAAUAUGGAGCUGCGCUUACGAAAGAAGAUAUUACAUUUGUUUUCUUUCAGUCCAGCUACGCUAAAACUGGGGUUUAUGCACUGCCUGGAGUCUCCCACCUUUAUUUCUCUGUAUUACUUCUGUAUAGCCGACAAAUCUAGAGACAGUUAUUCGCGCACAAGAUAGGCUUUUUGUUGUUGUAGUUAUUGUUGGUUUUAUUGUUGUAUUCCUCUUGAAUUCCCCCCUUCUGCCCAAACCACACGUGAAAUACUAACUGUGUGGAUCAAAUAUUUUUUUUUUUUAAGACCAAGAUCUGUGCAGCAUGAACAAAACAAAUGCGAAAAAGGGUGAAAAUCCAAAUCCUAGUGCCAAGGUUUAUGUGGAAGGUGUCAUGGGGCGUUGACUGUCUUAAAGACUUGUUAUACAUUUAAAUCAAAACCCUUUUCUGAACUUUGCACUAUUGUUGAGGUUAAUCAGAGAAAUUUAGGAAUGGGGUAAUGGGGAGGGGUGUAUGUGUUUACGGUUUGUACCGUCGUUUUAGUUUGGUUCCGGUCAUAUGCUUCAGUUUGAGCUUUCUACAAGAGGGAAGUGAUCUUGUCUGUCUUCAGCACAAGAAAAAUCUCUGAUCCAGCCUAAAAAUAACCUUGAUCUAAAAGAGGCACAGAAUACAGAGAGUCUGCUCUACUCUCAUCUAUCCUCACCACUGACACAUUCUGCCAGCUGAUCUGAGGUCAGUUGGCUGGUGGCAUGGUUGGCAUAUUGCCUAAAAAAUACUCACUUCACUUAGAGAACUGAACAGGUUUGACAUGUUUUGAGAUUGCUUUUUUUUCUCCAACCUUAUUGUCAUCAUUUGUUUUUAUUAUUAUUUUUAGGAUUAUAUAUUGAUUGCAUAACGUGCAUAUAAAGGAAGACUCGGUUAAAAAAAAUUAAAAGUAUAUAGACCUUAAUAAUGCUUUAAUGUAUAUGUCUUAAAAAAUUUCCUUAGUCAUUAGUAAGAAACUAUUAUAUUAUUCAAAAUAUUAUCAAUUAUAUAUAUAUAUAUUAGAUUGAUUUUUAAUGGAAUUUUGGAAACAUUCAUGAUUUUAAGUUAACCAUUUCAUGCCUUUUGCACUUUUGUUUUUGAGUCAAAAUUUAUAAACCGGAUGAUCCUAUAAAAUAAUCCAGUUCUGGAAUUUUUUUUUUUUUUUUUUCAAAAAAAAAUCCACCUCCACCUUAUAAUACAAAAAAAAUAGAUAUUCAUUGGCACAAUCUUCUAAUCAAAAAGCCAGUGUGUUCAAAGGAUAUAAAACCCCUUUUGCAUGUUGUAUAAUCUAGUCCCCAAGGAUUAUUAAUCAGGUUUAAAAUGUGGUGAAGUCAAGGGCUAAUGUGAUGGGCAUUUUUUAACAUACCUAUUUUUACCCAGCAAUCCUCUGUCCUGUUGCCUUUGCUUUCACUCUGACACCGGCCAGAGUGAACCCGACCCUGACACCAGCUCCUGUCCAGCACGCACCAGUCCUCAACACUGAACUCUCUUCCUGUCCAUAUGUGUUCCUCUUAUUUGCCACGUAGACAUACAAUCAGGAGAUCCAAGAUCCGUACUCUUCAGAGCGGCUCUCUUCAUUCAGUUUAAGCUUGGGUGUAAUUGAUCACAAUCGUUUAGGCCCAGAUAGAGGAUGUUGCACUUGAACCUGGUCCGAAAGAAGCCCAAAGACUCUUACCAGUUAGUGCACACACACAUCCCUUUAAUAAGGAGACUGAAGACUGAGCCCCUGUUUGAGACACCACUGAAUCUGUCGAGGACUGAUGGACUUGUGAAAAUAAUAUAUAUAUAUAUUUAGAUUUGUUCACUGGGGAUUAUGGUCAAAAAAGUUUUCAAAAGCAACACACUCACCUUUAUAAGCUACUCUAUUUGUACUCCGAAUGUUAAGAGUUCAGCCAAUCAAAAAGUUUGAAUGCUUUUAUUUCUUGUGUGUGUUAGUUGGCUAUUUUCUUUUUUUUUUCGCUCAUGGUGGGAUUUUUUUUUUUUUUUUGGACCGAAAUGAUGCCGUCUGGACCUGUGUGCUUCAUACCAGACUAAACAAACACUCUCCUCUUCUAUAUUUAGAAUAGUAGAACCACAACAACUGGACUUGAUUUGGAAUCAGUUUUAAAUCCUAGCAGUUUCAACCCCUGGCAAACAUUACGGAAUAACCACACUUAAAGGAUUUUUUUUUUUUUUUUUUUU